CGUGAGUCCGCUCUCGGCUUUCCUCCUCGGAGUUUCCGCGCUUGAUGAUCGCGCGCGCCAACACCGAUUCUCUCUCCUCACGUUUUCUCUCCACGAUUUUCCACGAACGGAGGAAACGCGUCGUGCGGUGCAUUCGUGUCGAGGUUAGUUAGUGUGCGGUUUCCAAGGAAAUUGGUUUCACGGACGAAUCGAUCGAUCGUGAACGCGGGAAUCGGUCCACCCGUGUCGUUCCAAUUAAUUCUCUCGAUAUUUUGUUUUUAUCGGGUGUACAAGGAGAGAAAAAGAAAGAGAGAAAGAGAGAGAGAGAGUAUCGAUCGCGAUCGAGAUUUUUUUUCUUUUCUUUUUGUUUUCUUUUACCCGCGGGCGGCUCGUGUUUCUUGGGAAAUGUGUGCCACGUGUAGUGAGCCCGCGAGUUCACCUGCUACUCCUACCGAAUGGGAUUAGAUGAAGUGCACGACGGAUGGCCUGAGCCUCGGAGCAAAUCUUCAUGGAUCGUUCACGAAAAUCGAGAAAUGAUCGGUCGCCGCGGUGUCCCGCAGAAGUUCCGCGGCGCCAAAGAUGCGCGCCACGACGCGCCAACAUCGCUGUCAAGAAUUUCGGAUCGAUUCUAGCUUUGACAAUGCUGACUGCGGCCACCGUCUCCUCUACCCACGUGCCCGACAAGUAUCCCAUCGAAGUGUAUCAUAUGCUACAGGAAAAGACUCAAUUCGCUCUUGGACGGGAUAAUCGUAUUAGAGGAACCUGGGGUCCGUGGAGUUCGUGGAGCGAGUGUUCGCGUACCUGUGGCACGGGGAUUCAAUCCCAAUCUCGUGAAUGCGUUCCCUAUCAGCGACUGUUAAGGAAGCGGAGCAUUAUCUCGGAGAAUGGCACGAGCAACUCGCGACCCAUUUGCAUCGGUACAUAUAAGCGAUACCACACGUGCAACACGCAGAAAUGUCCGAACUUCCCGGAGGAUUUGCGGGCCGAACAAUGUGCCAAGUACAACGGAAGAAAUUACAAGGGCGAGAGUUACGAUUGGGUCCCGUUUUUGGAUGCACCAAAUUCUUGCGCGCUCAAUUGCCGUGCCGUUGGCGAGCCUUUUUAUGCAACGCUUGAAUCGGCAGUAAUGGACGGCACACCCUGCGACGCUCCGAAUCUUCGUGGAUAUAAUGCUGGAAUUUCUAUGGAACGCACCGAUCGAUGGCUCUGUGUCGCCGGACAAUGCAAGCCCGUGGGUUGCGACGGUGUGGUAGGUUCCGGAGUCACGAUGGACGCUUGUGGUGUCUGCGGUGGUCAGGGUAAAGGUUGUAGACUGUACGAGGGCAUUUUUAUGGAACCAAUCUUGCCACGGGGUCAUCAACCUGUAACCAGUAUUCCGAAAGGAGCCAUGUCCCUCAACAUAUCCGAACUACGACACAGUAGCAAUUUCUUAGCGUUGAGAGACGGCAACGGUAGUUACAUCCUGAACGGACCCUUGGCUUACAGUCCAAGCGGCACUUAUAAAGCGGCUGGCACGACAUUAACAUACCAGAGGGGUGACAGAAACCGCAUGGAGUGUAUCUUGGCGACCGGGCCACUGAACGAUUCUUUGCAUUUAGAGAUUCUGGCACAGGAAAUGAAUCCUGGAGUACUUUACAAAUACAUGAUGCCGUUCAAUGGAAAGCCAUUAAUAGCACCGCCACUUUUUGCGACAGGAUCCAUCGAUCGUGGCAACGAAAUCCCUGAUUCGGAUGCGCGUGUUGGCCUCACGAUUCCCGUAACCGGAAUAUCCAAUCAGAAAAUCGAUUUAUUACCGACGAUUCGUAAUCAAGAUCGAGCGCGAGGCCGUGAGAGAGGACGAAAGGAGGAGAUGAAGCAUUCCCCGACUACGGUGAUGGCCGGUGAUCAACCGAAGUUAAAGGGCAAGAAAAAGAAACGUGCGCGGUUCGUUUGGAAGAUGUUUGGAUUGACUCCUUGUUCCAAAGAAUGUGGAGGAGGCGUUCAGACAGCUAUCUUCAAGUGCUUCCGCGAGACCAAGCAGAUGAUCGUGAACGACAAACGUUGUCGCAACGUGGGAAAGCCGCAACACCCGCCUCCGUUGCGUUGCAACGACAAUCCUUGCCCACCUAGGUGGAGGGGCGAACCGUGGAGCGAGUGCUCGGUCACCUGCGGCACCGGCACGAGAACACGAAAAUUGGAGUGUGUACAGGAACUAAAAGCGAACUUAACAAUGCGAGUGUUAGACGGUGCGUGCGUACAACCGCCCGACCUUAGGACCGUGGAAACCUGUGCGAAACCGGCUUGCACGAAUAGUCCGGAAUUAAGGCAUAUGCACUCUCAACACGACACACCCAGAUGGGACGUCGGCGCCUGGGGUCCUUGUUCGACGACGUGUGGGAUGGGAAUUCGAAAUCGAACAGUGACUUGCAUCACGUCGGGAAGUGUCUGUCCGCCGUUCAACAAACCCGAAUCUCAGAAAAUGUGCGAAUCCCCGCCUUGCACUACGUACACUGGUAUGGAGCAACGAGCGCCUUGGCUCUACUCGGAAUGGUCGGCCAAGUGUUCGGCCGAAUGUGGUAGCGGAGUGGAAACGAGGCAAGUAGCUUGCGCCGAUGUCAGCGAGUUGUUCUGCAAUCCCAAAGAGAGGCCGGAAACGGAAAGGGAAUGUUUCGGAAGAGGAACGAAUUGCGAUAGCGCGAAAUGGUUCACCGGUCCAUGGACAUUGUGUUCCGUGUCGUGUGGAGUGGGUGUCCAGUAUCGAGAAGUCCUUUGCGUCGCAAGGACGAACAACGAAUUCGUCGUGUUGCCGGCGAGCAAUUGCAGCGGCUCGAGGCCAGCAAACGAACAAGUAUGCAGAGCGGCCGCGUGCACACCGACAUGGUUCACCUCGGACUGGUCGAAGUGCUCGGUGACAUGCGGUACCGGCGUGCAAACCAGACUGGUUCGUUGUAUUCUCGAAGGUGUCAGCAGCUCGAAUUGCGAAGAUGCUGAGAAACCGAGCGACCAACAGCAAUGCAGCUUGGAGCCGUGCAAAAAGGACGAUCCUACGUCGUUGAUCAAACCGCCGAAAAAAGCGUAUGAAGCAUUGUCGGAAUGCGUUGACAAGCAUCCAGAUUGCUCGGUGGUCGUGAAGAAUGGUUAUUGCCGGAUCAAAUAUUACAAGUAUUCGUGCUGUCGAUGCCGCGAGUAGUCGUUCGACAGCCGAGGACGAGUCACCGUUUCAGGCAGGUUCACCUUUUCCAUGGUCGUGACCGUUUUGAAUUCGAUUAAACUCGUUGCUUUCCUCUUUCAGUUAAAUAUAAACGGGGAACUCGAUACGGAAUCUUAGCGAGUGAUAAGACUGUGACAAAGAGACGAUCAUGUUAUGUACAAUUUUAUUUAACACGAUAAUCGGCUAAUCCCGCGUAGCUUUAUUCCUUUUAUUAUCUUAUUCCCGCGCGGCACGCUGCGGAGGAACGAUUAUUUAAUUCCACAAGGAAUUCCGUUAAACCCGGAAAGUGGGAUAGUAGGUGAAAAUUCACGAGAAAUCAACUAGUCGUUCGAGAGCCGAAGGCGUUUAAAAGGGAGCACGACGUCGUCGUAUAGAGCAGGAGAGAGUAUGAUGCGUGUGCACACGUCUGCAGAAACUCGUAUCGUACGGGGCAUGUAUAUGUGUUACGUAUGUAAAUAUCCUCUGUACAAGCGAACAGUUGCAGGGACGUAAUUUUGUCAAUGCAUCGAUCUUGAUCCCGUGUACUUGACUACACCGAAAUAACUUCAACAACGAUCGACUCGCAAUUCGAAAUUUCGACUUCGAAGCCAUUCGAUUGCAAACAUCUCGAAAGCAAAACACGUGAGUAUAUCCAUAAAAGCAAAACGGGAAUGAAAAAUUCUUAUCGAAUUUUACCUAAAUCGUGUGCGAUAUAAUAUAGCAGGGGAACGAUAAAUAGGUUGGAUCGUCGGUAAAGAACGAGAAGGGAUUAUCAUUGUUACGCCCCUGGAUGAGUUGCGAUCCCAUUUGCAUGCGCGUUCGACGUGAAACCUGUACGCCCAUGUACCCACUUAGG